AAGAAACAUAUAUAGGCGUAGGUACCUCAGGUUGCUUGAAUGGAUAGUUUGUGCUUGAAGACGGGGAUUCAUGGCGGCCUGGGGGUAUGUAGUGGAGCUGGUGCUAAGGGUCUGGAUGCCUGGACGACUCCGUCUCACGUGAGCACUAUGGGGAGGUCCACUGGAGAGAAAAAGUUGACAUCCUUUUCAAGGUUCUCAUUCAAGUAUGCGUUGAGAUCUCUUUGGCCACCUAAUAGAGGUGGGGGGACCAAUAGGUACAAUGGGUUGGCCGUGGAAGACCCCGUUUUGGUGGAAAAUAAUAGCAAUGUUAAGAAUAAGGACAAAGGUGCAGAGAUGGAGAAAGGGAAACGCGAGAACUGGGCGUUGAAGAUUUUGCAUGUGAGAUCUCUUUGGAAUGAGAGAAGCGCUAGCCUCGUAAAGGUACAGGAGGAGGAAGAUGAGGCCAUGGCAAUUGAUGAGAGAAUUGGUUCUGAUGGUGUAGAUGAUAGGGAAGAUUGUGAUGCUUGUAGAGUUGGUUAUGGGGAUGAUGAAAGAGAAAACAUUCAAUUUGAUAGAGAUUCGUUUUCAAGGUUGCUAAGAAGGGUGUCCUUGGCUGAGGCCAAGUUGUAUGCUAAAAUGUCUUUUAUGGGGAAUCUGGCCUAUUCCAUUUCCAAAAUCAAGCCUGGGAGUCUUUUGAAUCAUCAUGGUCUGCGCUUUGUAACUUCAUCGACAGAGAAGGAGGAAUUGGCUGCAAAAGCUGAGAAAAAUCACUUGUUAGUUGAGGCUUCAGAAGUAGAAAAUGGCAAGUUCGAAGACAAGGAUCACAAGAAUGAAAGGUAUCAGAUAAGUGCAUCUGCUGCAAGCCAAAUUGCUGCCUCUGCUGCUUCCUAUUUGCAUCCUCCGACCAAGACUAUACUUCCCCUCAAAUCCUCGAACAAUGUGACUGGUGAACAUUUGCUUGAAGGAAGUGGUGGAAGUGAUGACGAUGGUAAUACAAUAAAAUUUGAGAUGGCCUCUUUGAUGGCAACGACGGAUUCUGUGACGACUGUGGUUGCUGCUAAGGAGGAAGAGAAGCAGGCUGUUGCAAAUGAUUUGAACUCAAUGCGCUCAUCUCCUUGUGAGUGGUUCAUAUGUGAUGACGAUCAGAGUGGCACAAGAUUCUUUGUCAUUCAGGGGUCAGAAUCACUAGCAUCUUGGCAAGCAAAUUUACUUUUCGAGCCCAUUCAAUUUGAGGGACUUGAUGUGCUUGUGCACAGAGGUAUUUAUGAGUUAGCAAAAGGGAUCUAUCAACAGAUGUUGCCCGAAGUCCGUGCACACCUAAAAUCUUGGGGAAACAAAGCAACCUUUCGAUUCACUGGGCACUCUCUUGGGGGAAGCUUGGCACUGGUUGUAAAUCUCAUGUUACUGUUGCGGCAUGAAGUGCCAAUUUUAUCCUUACUUCCCGUGAUAACAUUUGGUGCACCAUCUGUCAUGUGUGGAGGUGACCGUUUGCUUCGCAGGCUGGGAUUGCCAAGGAAUCAUGUUCAAGCCAUCACAAUGCACAAAGACAUUGUACCUCGGGCCUUCUCUUGCAAUUAUCCUAAUCAUGUUGCUGAGAUUCUCAAGGUUGUCAAUGGCAACUUCCGCAAUCAUCCUUGUCUCAAUAAUCAAAGAAUACUUUAUGCUCCAAUAGGCGAGCUUCUUAUACUACAACCGGAUGAGAAAUUCUCUCCCAGCCAUGAUCUCCUUCCUUCAGGCAGUGGUCUAUAUCUUCUAAGUAGCCCGCUAUCUGAUACCAUUGAUGCAGAGAAGCAGCUUCGGGCUGCACAAAUUGUGUUUUUGAACUCACCACACCCACUUGAGAUUCUAAGUGAUCGGUCUGCAUAUGGUUCUGAAGGAGGCAUCCAAAGAGAUCACGACAUGAAUUCUUACAUGAAAACUAUCAGGGGUGUGAUUUGCCAAGAGCUUAGCGACAUCAGAAAGGCAAGGAGAGAGCAAUGCCGCAAAAUUUGGCGACCCCUUGUGGCACCUUGUGGCAUCAGUACCGGUAUAGUUGUGGGGAGGUCCAUGAUAUCAAUCAAUAAGGGUGGAGACCAAUCCAGCUUCUCUGGCAUCUCACAAACAGAAAGAGAGCCAUUGAAAAGGUUCGGUAGGCUUGUUGCGUCACAGCACAUGCAUUUGUUUGUGGUGCUCCUGUUCCCAACUCGAUUGUUAUUCUUAAGGGCAUAUAGCAUGAUUAGUUUGAGUUAGGCCAGUCUAUCUAGCUUGGCAAAUGAUUCACCACCCUUGUUGGGGAAUCCGAUAUCUCAUAGUUGUAUAGGACCAUAGGUGGAGGCCGGCAUGCACAUCGCUGCGACGACGGUUGGAUGAUUCUUUAUUCAUUAUUGGAAAAUUGAAAGCAAUUCAUGUUACUUUGAAAACAAAAAUGAAGAGCAAUUCAUGUUGUUUUCUUUUAGAUUUGUAACACCAAAGGUGUAAACAAGAAUCAAUGUUUCAAAUGAAAUUAGA